AGCUCAGCGGGGUGCGGCUGUCCCGUUAUGACUGGCCACCACAGUUGGGGAUAUGGGCAGGAUGACGGACCUGCAGAGUGGCACAAGUCUUAUCCUAUUGCCCGAGGGAACCGUCAGUCACCCAUUGAUAUAAUCUCUGCAAAAGCAGUCUAUGACCCGAAGCUGAUGCCGCUUGUUAUCUCCUACGAGUCCUGCACAUCUCUCAACAUCUCCAACAAUGGCCAUUCAGUUAUGGUUGAGUUUGAAGAUAUUGAUGACAAGACAGUGAUCAGCGGUGGCCCCUUUGAGAGUCCCUUUCGGCUAAAGCAGUUCCACUUUCACUGGGGGGCAAAGCACAGUGAGGGAUCAGAGCAUACAAUUGAUGGCAAACCUUUUCCAUGUGAGCUCCAUUUAGUUCACUGGAAUGCCAAGAAGUAUGCAACAUUUGGAGAAGCAGCAGCGGCUCCAGAUGGCUUGGCUGUAGUUGGUGUUUUCUUGGAGAUUGGAAAAGAACAUGCCAAUAUGAACAGACUCACUGAUGCUUUGUACAUGGUAAAAUUUAAAGGGACAAAAGCUCAAUUUAGAAGCUUCAACCCCAAAUGUCUCCUGCCUUUGAGUCUAGAUUAUUGGACGUACCUUGGAUCUUUGACAACACCACCCCUUAACGAGAGUGUAAUAUGGGUAGUGCUGAAAGAACCCAUCAGUAUUUCUGAGAAACAGCUGGAGAAGUUCCGCACGCUCCUCUUCACCAGUGAGGAAGACCAGAAGGUCCAGAUGGUGAAUAACUUCCGCCCCCCUCAGCCGCUUAAGGGGAGAACAGUUCGAGCUUCCUUCAAGGCCUGAAGAAAACUGGUAGUGGCCCUGGGGCAUCUAAAAGCUUCCACAUAAUGACCAUAGACCUGAGUUCAGAUCACUCAUGGAGCACACAGGAUAGCCAUUUCGAACAACACUCUGUACUUGAAGGGGGACAAACAUUUUCUGAUGCUGUGUUUUAUUUGAAUCACACAACUUCAAGACAAGCUUAAGUCUUUUUAACUGGACCUCCUUUUAGUACAAAAAAUUGAUUGUGAUCUGGAUCAUUCUCUUGGAGUUAAGAUGAAAUCCUACUUAAGAUGGGAAAUAGGCAGUAAUCAGUGCUGAUGGGUGGUAAUCAUCUUCUGAUUGUCUAAUACGUGAUGAAAGAAUAGUUGAAAUUUGGAUAAACUGGACUUAAUUUUUUCUUAGAUUUUUCUUGUUUGCUGAGCUCCCUCUGACUUAGAAGAUUUUCACCAUCUUUGCUGUCUAUUGACACAAAACAGGCUAGCAGUACUCAAAAAAGGUUCUGUACUCGCUUCAUGAAGGCACUGAUACGAAAACUAUAUAUUUCAGAAUUACUGUUCCAAGAUACUAUUGUUCAACUGCUUUCAAAUAAGUAAUGUAAAUGCUCUGUCAUCCAAAACCGGUCAUGUUGUUUAUUGCACAAGACUGUUCAGACAUAAAUUAUUUUAGCCUAUGCAACAUACGUAAUUGUAACUCCCUCAUUAAGUUUGUUGAGAAGGAACAUCUGUAGCAAUUCAGGUAUGUACUUGUGGCUAUCUAAAUUGUUCACAUUCUACCUCAGUGAAGUGAUUUGCUCUUCAAUGUGACCUCCUUCAGUGUCUGCCCUGAAGAAUGUACAUGGAUUUUUUCAUUCUAAGGAUCUUGUGUGGGUAGAUCUUGAUUGCACUGAACGUACAUCACUGCACAAAUCAUCCCAUAGCCAUGGCAAGCAGUCAGGGAUGGUCCUGGCAAAUUUGAGAUUCAAUCUCUACUGAAUCCUGAUACAUCUGCAAAAUAGUCGCUUUAGAAAAGCCGUGUUUUUGUAUUGCUGCUGCUUGCAGCUUAGUGAAAAAAUUCUUCAGACCUUUGUGUCCAGUAAGAAAAAAUAGUGAUGUCGUCUGUACCUGUUGUCAGUGUAUUUUCAGUUACUUUAUUUCUAGGUUUCAGAUGUUUUACUUAAUCUGUAUAUUUCAGACAAAUUACGAACGUUUAUUAGCUUUCAGUUUUUUAAACAAAGAAUCUGUAUGUAAAUAUGUAAAUGAAGAAGCUGUAAACGUUUAAGUAAAACCUUAAAGCAAAAGGGAGAAGUGUGGGAAGGGCAGACUAGAACACCUACAGCUGGUUCUCCCUUUUCAGAAGGGGAGACAAAAGUAGUAGGCAUAGAGCACAGGACGAGGAAUGGAAGAUUGGAAUUUAGACCAAACUACAAUUUUUUUUUUUUUUGCACACUGAUAUAAAA